AUGGUGACCCCAUCUGAGUUUUUCGAGACGUUGCGCGCGCUUAGGCCACAGGAUGAGCUGAAGCCCGGCGUCGUGUUUGUCGCCAUACUCCACUACGACAAGUCGCCUGAUGGCCCAUUUGAUCAGCCAGACGCCCUGUGGAUCAAAUGUCCGCGAGAGAAGGAUGUCUCUUCUUUGGUUAAUGCUUACAGAAGAGAGUGUCCAGAAGCUGGAGAUUUCGUCUUGAGGCACAACUUCCAGGUCCUUGAGGAAGGAACCAAGAUCUUUGCGCUUGGGAACCGUUAUCCGAAUGACUUCGUCGCUCUCGAAGCUGUUUCAGUGAAGGACCUCAAUAAACGCAAACACUUGACGGCCGCACGCGCGCCUUUGAGUGAGAUUGCAGAUGGCGUUAAUCGUUCAUUAGUCAAGGCGCAGACGUCGAGCAAGUUCAACAAUGAAGCCCACACCAAAGAGUCCCAGCCGCGCCCACUUGAGCAGCCUCAGGUACGGAAUGUACGCAGACCGUCUAAGCCUGAACCUGCCUGUCCUCCUCCUAGCCAUCGUGCCUCGCCACAUGCACUUUCGAUGCCGGACACUCUCGCUCCCACUGAACAAAUUGCGUGGGAAGAUUUUCUGUUCGAGCGCCUGGAGAUCUCAAGAAUCCCUUCCAGUUUGGACUCUACCUCAUUGCCAGACACGGACGAGCCUUCCGCCACUGAUGAGGCGAUCAAAGAGGAGUGGCUGGGAUUGGAUCAAGGCCAGAAGUCUUACUUCAUCGAAAGAGCAGGGAAAAUCGCAGCCACUUUGGGCUUCACUUCGCCUGAGGAUCGAUAUGCGGAGCACUGGGGAUUCUGGUCCUUUUAUUGUUCGGAAUUCUACGCCACCGAACUUGCAAUCGGUGGUCACCGUGACGGCGAUUUCGAAACCCGGAACAGACAGAUUGAAGAUUCGCUGGCUCUAUGGACGACGAUGAAACCGAAUGCAAGGAAGAAAUGGGUGGCCGACUCGCGGAGCCACGUUUCUGCCGCAGUAAAGAGAGGUGCUAUUAGCCAGCCUCAGUGCUCAUCCAGUCAAGUUCAACCAAAUCAAGCGAGCACUCCUACCACAGGCAUUAAGUCAGAGCAAAAGUCUUCUCCAAGCCCACGACAUGACGAAAACAAGAUCCCUCAAUUUGACGGCCCAGCCACUGAAAUAGACUUUCACGUCGAGCUUGAAGAUGUGCCCCGCCCCUCUACUGCUGCUUCAACUCGGCUUAGCAUGGCUGAACUUUUUGACGGCCGCACCCCCGAGCAGCUUGAAAAGAGUGUCCGGGAAGGAGUGGUGUUGCUCGGCAACAUGCAGCGGGCCCUGCAAGAACAGCCGAGUCAAGACGCGACCCAAUGGCUUCAAGCCAUCGAGAUUGUCCAGAAGCAGGCCAUGCGGUCGAAGACUGUGAUUGGCGUGGUCGGUGCGACUGGGGCUGGAAAGAGCUCGGUUAUCAAUGCCAUGCUCGAUGAGGAACGUCUGGUGCCCACAAAUUGUAUGCGAGCAUGUACCGCCGUCGUCACUGAGAUCAGCUACAAUUAUGAGGAAGGUGCGCCUUACAGAGCCGAGGUCGAGUUUAUCUCUCGCGACGAUUGGCACAAGAUGCUGAGGAUCCUGUUCCAGGAUCUUCUCGAUAACUCGGGCCAGGUUUCUCGCGAAUGCACUAACGAAGACUCGGAAAGCGGAAUUGCAUAUGCACAGAUCAAGGCAGUCUACCCGAGGAUGACCAGAGACGAUAUGGAAAACAUCACGAUUGACAGACUAAUGGAGCAUGACAACGUUGCAUGCCUGGGCGCUACGCGUGAGAUCCAAUCCGAUGACCCGACGAUGUUCUACAAGAAGUUGCAACGCUAUGUUGACAGCAAAGAAAAGACGCAUGGAAUGAAGGAAAAAGUGAGCAAGAAGGACAGCAAGCCUCGCGAGAUGGAAUUCUGGCCAUUGAUUCGAGUGGUGAGACUGUAUGUCAAAGCUCCCGCCCUGGCUACUGGUGCGGUCAUCGUCGAUCUCCCCGGUGUCCACGACAGCAAUCAGGCUCGCGCAGCCGUAGCACAAGGCUACAUGAAACAAUGUACUGGUCUUUGGAUCGUGGCACCAAUCACACGAGCAGUUGAUGACAAGUCUGCAAAGACCCUCCUGGGUGACACCUUCAAGCGCCAACUGAAAAUGGACGGCGGCUUCGACUCAGUUACGUUUAUUUGUAGCAAGACCGACGACAUUUCGAUUACCGAGGCACAGGACUCAUUAGGGCUCGACGAAGAACUUACACCGAUGUGGGAGAAGUCGGAAGAGUUGCGAAAGAGGAAGGACCAUCUGCAGAGACAGAUCAAGGAUCUCAAAGAGACCAAGCUCGACAUUACCGCUGCCAUGGAAGCGGCCGAGGAAGACCUCGAACUUUGGGAGGCCCUGCAGCAGGACUUCAAUGAUGGCAAAACUGUAUUCAGACCGACACCAAAGUCACAGAAGCGCAAGCGCGAGGAUGAUUGUGGGCCGACGAAAAAGAAAAAGAGACCCAACUACCAGGAACCGGACUCGGAUGAUGACUUCAUCGACGAUGGAGAUAGUUCAAGCAGCGACGCAGGAUCCGAUGACGGAUCUUCCGGCACAGGCGAGGAUGCCGGCGAGGCUCUUCAAGAAGAUGAGAUUGCAAUGAAGAUUGCAGACCUUCGUGGCACUCGCAAGGAAGGCCGCCGCGAGAAGAACCGGAUCGGUCAAGAGCUCCAGAAGCUAGAAGACCAGAUAAAGGACAUCGAGAAGGAGUCAGAGCACAUCGAUGGUACGCUUUCCGCCAAGUGUAUUUCAGGCCGCAAUGAGUACUCGCGGGCGGCGAUCCGACAGGACUACGCCGCAGGAAUCCGCGAACUUGACCAGGAGAUUGCAGAGGAGGAGGACGCUGCCAAUUUUGACCCGGAGAUUGACCGUCGUAAUUACGACGAGGUCGCGCGCAACUUGCCAGUCUUCUGCGUGUCUUCUCGAGCCUACCAGAAGUUGAGAGGCCGGCUGCAGAAAGACAAGACUCCGCAGGGCUUCACACACAUCGACGGAACCGAGAUGCCGGCACUCCAAGCUCACUGUAUUCAGUUGACAGCGGCGAGUCGCAUGACGGUAUGCCGCAAGUUUCUAACUGGCAUGUUUCAGCUCUUGAAUUCACUCCGUCUUUGGGCGUCGAAUGAAGGUACGGGCAGGAGCCUCACGGAAGGCCAGGUCAAGAGGGAAGCUCAAAUUCUCAAGGAGAGACUUGACAAGCUCGAUUCUGCCCUUGAGAAAGCCGUGACGGCCAUCGUGGAUGGAAUUGAGGAAGAGCUACAAGACAAGGUGUAUGACGCCUAUCCGGCCGCCACUGGAGCCGCUCAAUCCGAAGCGAACAACACUGUUCAGAAGUGGGGGUCCCCUGUCAAUCGCGAAAGUUUGAUGGCGGGAGGCCUCUAUUGGGCAACCUACAAGGCUGUAGUGCGGCGCGACGGAGUGUUCAACAAUGCUCGGGCCUCCAACAAUUUCAACGAGCAGCUGACCGAACCCGUCAUUCGUCAUCUGGCUGGGCCGUGGGAGUCAGUCUUUGCGCGCAGACUGCCUGGCAUCCUCAACUCACUACCAGCGAACGCCGGCCAGAUCUUGACAACUUUUCACGACGAAGUUGAGCGGCGCGCCAUCCGUAACGGAGCUUCGAUCGCCUCCUUUCAGAUGCUCAAGCACCAGAUCGCCGUGUAUAAGGAGACGCUGAAAGAUGCAAUCAACGAAGCACGCAACGUGAUGUCAGAGCGGCAGCGAAACAUCAACCGCGAAUUCGAGCCGCGGGUUCGGGAGCACAUGCUACCCGUCUAUUAUACAUGCACCACAGAGACCGGACCUGGCCAAUUUGCCAGAAUGAAGGGCUACAUGGACCGCCAUGUUGAGCAGGAGAAGUUGACCAUGUUCAAUGACGCCGUGGAACACGUCCGCGAACUUCUUGACCAGAUGCUCAAAGAGGUGAAGUCGAUCCUCCUCGGCAAGGUGGACGCCGUGCUUACGGCCAUUGAGAGAGACUAUACCGACGUGGUAGUUGGACAAGACCAGGGCAAGCGCCACGAGAUGCUCCCCCGCGAUCAGCGCAUGAUGCCGAGGGCCGUGAUUGAAAUCAUCGACAGAGCUGAACUGGUUUUCAAGCGAGCUGUCGGGUUGGUCCCCGAAUCAGCGGAGCCGGACACCCAGGUACAAGCUGAUGCCGAGGUCGGGAGCAAGCAUGAACCAAUUGACGCCGUGAAGGACGAACCUGAGGAGCGAGGGAGCUUGGACCUUGUGCUGUAUGCUCCUGCUGUACCUCAAGGAGAGAAGGGCACUGCUGCUAAAUCGUCGACUGACAAAGAGGUGGAAGCGGCAGCAACGGAAACACCACCUUAA